UUGUCACCUCGGUCAAAGGAAAGAUUUUGAAAGGAUCCGGAGGACGUUUUUUGCCGAGUGGUCACUCCCUAAAGCCAGGCCAGGAAGGGGAGGACACUGAGUCGAGCCCCGCCCCUCCUCCAGGGAACUCGUGGCGCUCCUAGCUUGGCCGCUGGAAUUUAAAGAUCCUGCAGCUGCACGCCUCAAACGUUCCCCAUGGUUUCGGUGACCAGAACCGUGUUUGGAGAGCUGCCCUCGGGGGGAGGGACAGUGGAGAAGUUCCAGCUGCAGUCAGACCUGCUAAGAGUGGAUAUCAUCUCGUGGGGCUGCACCAUCACAGCCCUGGAGGUCAAAGACAGGCAGGGGAGAGCCUCAGACGUGGUGCUGGGCUUCGCCGAGUUGGAAGGGUACCUCCAAAAGCAGCCCUACUUUGGAGCAGUGGUUGGGAGGGUGGCCAAUCGAAUCGCCAAAGGAACCUUCACGUUGGAUGGGAAGGAGUAUCACCUGCCUGUUAACAGAGCGCCCAACAGUCUGCAUGGGGGGUUCAGAGGGUUUGAUAAGGUCCUCUGGACCCCUCAGGUGCUAUCAAAUGGCGUCCAGUUCUCCCGCGUCAGUCCAGAUGGUGAGGAAGGCUACCCUGGGGAGUUAAAAGUCUGGGUGACAUACACCCUGGAUGGUGGAGAGCUUGUCAUCAACUACAGAGCUCAGGCCAGUCAGACCACACCAGUCAAUCUGACCAACCAUUCUUAUUUCAACCUGGCAGGCCAGGGCUCUCCAAAUAUAUAUGACCAUGAAGUCACCAUAGAAGCUGAUGCUUUUUUGCCUGUGGAUGAAACCCUAAUUCCUACAGGAGUUGUUGCUCCAGUGCAAGGAACCGCAUUCGACCUGAGAAAACCAGUGGAGCUGGGACAACACCUGCAGGAGUUCCACCUCCAUGGCUUUGACCACAAUUUCUGUCUGAAGGGGUCCAAAGAAAAGCGUUUUUGUGCAAGGGUGCAUCAUGCUGGAAGCGGGCGGGUACUUGAAGUGUACACCCAGCCUGGCGUUCAGUUUUACACGGGUAACUUCCUGGAUGGCACACUGAAGGGCAAGAGCGGAGCCGUCUAUGCCAAGCACUCAGGUUUCUGCCUAGAGACCCAGAACUGGCCUGAUGCAGUCAACCAGCCCCAUUUCCCUCCUGUGCUGCUGAGGCCUGGGGAGGAAUAUGACCACACCACCUGGUUCAAGUUCUCUGUGGCUUAAGAAGAGUGAAGAUACAACCUGGUCUAGGGCCAGGCUGGCAUCUUCUCGCAGCCUGCCUCUUUUCCAGAGUGGGGGAAGAUUUGAUUUGAAAGUGAUCCUGUGCAUUCAGUCAUGCAGAUGGUAGCUAUUGUGAUAAUCAGCCUGAAUACUGAUUUUCUUUCCCAAUGACCAGCAGUAGUGUCUGUGCAGUUCAGAAGCAAGUGAGUCAACCCCCAGUAUCAUGGUGCUUGGGGCUCUGGUAUUGCAGGCACCAUCUUUCCUCGCUACCCUGCUCUUUUCUACUUCUCCCCCUUUCUUUCUUUGAUGCUGCUCUGCUUUUCUGUCUCCUCCUCCUAUACCUCAAACCACCCACCAGCAGCCAGGAUCUGAAUUCAUGUUAUGUACAUUCAAGUGCCCUUCUUUGCCUCUACCUCAGUUCUGCAGUGCAAUUCUGAGGGUCACCAAAGGGCAGAAAGGGAUGAGGCCCCUGCUCCAACUAUUAGAGCUGGUCUUUCUUUACAGAUUGACUUUUGUAAGCAUUAGGAUGAGUUGAGUUGUCUUCUGAGCCACAGAGGUAAUAUGACUUAAAAGUCCUGGGAAUGUAGAUUUCCUGCCUUCAGUAUUAGCUGAGAAAGCCCAGACUAACCAAGGUAUGGGAAGAAAAGCGGGUAUUAGAGACAGGAGCUCAGUGAGGAGAUCAUCUCACCUGUCCAGGCACAGGGAGGGUGCUUCACAUAGGGGCAGAUAUUAUGAGGCUGGAAGCUACUUUUCCUGGACAAAUCAUAAAUGACAGCUUAGGCUGGUGAUUUUAUACUAUCAUCUAGUACAAUCGAAAUAAAAUCAAUGUCUGCAUCUUCAGAAGACUUCAGUUUCUUUAUGUAUAUGUUCUGGAUUCUGUGGGAGUGUUUUGGUUGGCUGGCUGUUUUUUUUGUUUUUGUUUUUCUGCAUUGGUACUGGGGUUUUGACUCUGGGCCUCCUACUUGCCAGGCAGGCACUCUGCUUCCUGAGCCAUGAGAGAGAUAAUAAUGGCAUUGAUAGAUGGGGAAUUUCUACCUGAUCACCACUGGUAGAAACCUGAGUUAAUGCAACUUUGUUGGAGGCAAGUUUGAUAGAAUAUUGACAAACUUGUGGAAUCCAUCAAUUCCCUACCUAGAAAUCCGCCGUAUAGAAAUACUAGCAUAAUGCGUAAAGACCAGGGUUUCCAUUAAAACCUAAUCAUUAAUGAAAAAAUUUAAAACUACCUCAUAACAUUAAUAGGAAUGGGUACAUUAUAAUUCAUACAGCAGGAUACUAUGUGGUCAUU